CGAUGACAAUAUCGCCUCGUGGGUCGUACAUUAGAUAGAAGUAGAACUACAAAGAGCUGGCUCGCUAUACGAGCGUGCCACCGCGCCGCGAGCAACUGAAGGUUAGAAUAAGAGGGCCCGAGAAAAAGAAUCUCACUUCGGAACAACAUGUCGCAUCUCCGUUCGUUUGCUUCCUUCUUCAACCUGCUCGGCGCGAGCCAAUGGAAGUCUGCAGCUGCUAUGCCUGUGAUUUGCAACGGACCGGGAUCCACCGGGUACCGGGAUCUGAAGAAAAGCAGUUCCGACGCGGAGCAAGAGUACUUCCACCGCGCGCCCCUGCUUGCGAGCAAUGCGUUCGAGCAGGAGGCGCGGUCCUUCGUCAACCAGGAAUUCGUUCGACGAGGAGUGCGUUCGUCCACAGCCGGUGAGGAACAAAUUCCCGAAUUCUGCACGCCGACCUUUGGAGGGCAGGAACUAGGCAGCGAAGCGGAUGGCUUCAUGGGUACGAAUCCCGACGAGGAGUUGGACCCCGAGGAAAACCACCCACCGAUGGUGCUGGCCGGCGAGGCGAAUUCGCACAGGGCCCGCGCUGCCCACCCGCUGCUGGGCUGCGCGCGCCGCAACCAGCGUGCGCUGAAGUUUCUCGGCGUCGCAACAGCGGUUGCCGGCGCAAUUUCCGGACUUCUUGGCCCAAAUAUGAUCGGCACGACGGGCGGCACGAAUAGUCAGUUUGCAGCAAGAACUGCGGGACAGGAACCGUGUGACCUCAAGUCUUCCUCAGCCGGACGUAGUAAAGCCUUCUUGCAGCCGGCGGAUCACAACGCCGCCUCUGCCGCACCUUCCGUUGUUGACAAAGACGGCAAUUUGAUUGCUUUCUCGCAGGACUUGCCGUCGCCCAAAGGAUUUGACUCCUCGGGCGACCACACCUACGAGAACCUGAUAAGGUCCGGGAAGGCGCAGGUCUUGGAGCUGGUGGAAAAGAAACCAAAAAUCACGUACCGCACGGCGGAAGAGACGGAGGCAUUGGCGAAGAGGGAAGCUGCGAAGAAGGCCGCAAAGGACAAGGACGACACCGUCCCGCCGUUCGUGAAUCUGAAUCUGGUCACCGUGGAGCGCAAGCCGGCGGGCGCAGCAACUACGCGACAGGCGGUUUCGGACGUGAAAAAAGACAUUGCGCAAGCGUUCGCAGCAGCAGAACCAGCAAAGAGCGCAGCUGAGGACAGUACUGAAGCUAAUGCCAGUUCAUCUUCGUCUGUCGCUAAGCAAGAGAAAGCUUUCCUCAACGCGGAGGCACAUACCCUCGCCAGCGCGCUCACGGAUGGCGUCGAGAAUCUUUUCAAGGACUCCUCGUCCUCGGGAAAGUUGAAAGUAGAGAUGGAAGACGGCCAGACGUUCAAGUACGAAACUGGGAAUAUGAAAGGCAAAAGUACACAAGAAGAUUCUUCGUCCGAUGAAACAACCUCAUCACAACCAGUCGCUUCACCAACAACCUCGGCGCCGCAAAAAAACCACCUGCGGCCGGACGAGGUUCUGAUCGAGGGAAAGAAGUACCUCACCGUGCAUUUGCCAGCGCUGGACGAGGCAGAAACGGAAACCGGUCAUGCGGAGGAAGAUUUGACACCAGAUGAAGGCAGGCCAAAAGCAGAGAUCGGCUCUCUCGCCCCCUUGCGCGACAUCACGGACGCGGACAGGUUCAUUCAGAUGUCAAACCUGCCUCCGACGUUCAUUGCCGGCCCAGAACCGACGGUAGGACAUCAAGAGGUCCCAAACCCAACCGAAGCAGUGCGUCGUUCCGACUUCUUGAAUCCCACCCAGAGAUUCGUGCUGGAUCUACAACGCAAGAAGCGGCUGCUCGCGCACGUGGUCACGCCCGGAAACGCGAUGCAACAACGGUACGCCACGCCCGAGCAGGUGAAGCAGGCCAUGACCAAGGCGGACCCGCUGAGCUACAUCGAGUUCGAUUCGCAGGACGUUAUGGUGCUGCCCGACACGCCGGACAACGGUUUUGUUUCCAUGUCGGCGUCAUUGGUGCUCCCGAAAUCCGACCCGCUCGACGACGGUAUGCCGUUCUACUCCGCGCCGUUCGUUUGUCCUUUGGGAGAAAGUACUACACCGUUCGCGGCCGCGGAUAACCGCUUCACUGACAGUUUCCCCGUAGGUGGAGGACCGCAAGCAGCGGGUAUGAGUACCACGCCGGAGGAGAUCAACAUUCAAACCUUGAUUUACGGGAAAACCCAACCCGAGCUGCCAUUGUCGACCGCGCAAGCGAACACCGAAGCCGCAAUUGUCGAAAAACAACACCCCUACUACAUGCAGUACUUCGACGCGGACCAGUGCGACGUGCUCGUCACAUCGAACGGCGAUUUCGGUAGCACGGUAUGCAUUGCAAGUGUAAACUUCGCACUAGCUUGAAUCGCAUAUAGAAAUGUUUCAAGAAGAAAGUUGGAAUUUGUCGUGCAGAUAUUGGUGGUAAAGGGAAACCAGAUUUGGCAUGUAUGAGUGCGAUUUCAGUAAAUACAAGCGCGAUACUUACAUUUUGCAGUGGAUACAUGGGAAUCGCCAGCAACGCGCUGCGCUACUCGAAGAACGCGGCGGACCGGGCGCAUUGGCUGGAAGAGUUGUUGGCGAAGAGAAUUAUCAAUCCCCUGGAUAGCCGCUUCGCCGUUACGAUGACCGAGGCGGGCAGGAACGCGCUUUUCAACGCGAAAGACAGUUUGACGCCAGACGAGCGGAGCCGCGCGAUCAGCUACUUCCGAAACCUGCGCGGCCCGCCGACGCAGCAGCAGAUGCUGGACCUCCUGGAGCCGAUCCCCGGCGAGUUGACCGAGGUGAUCGCGAACUGCCCGUUGAAAGCGCUGGUAGGCGUCGCGGACCCGCUCCAGGUGAUGCCGAAAGUGAACCAGGACCGCGUGGUCAAGGCCAAGAUGAACAAUCUGGCCUUGAACAUGGAUGAUUUCUUCUCGCUGAACGUGCCCUGCACGAUCCAGAAGCCGUCCAUGACCGAGGGUAUCGUGACGCAAAAUUUACCGGCGCUGCGCGAGGUCGAUGGGGAGAAUGAAGGGAGUGCAGCAGGGGCGAGUGGGACAGGAGCAUUUGCGGCCGUGUAAGAAUAAAGAAAUGCGGAGGACCUUCAUGCUUUGUAGCGGUUUUAUUUCGCUGUUGUUUUAGGAAUGAAGUUGAAAUCUGUCGUUUCUGUUGUGAAAAUACAAAGAAAGAAGUUUACUGCGAAAUACAAAACUUUAAGAAUACUGAUUUACUUCAAGAAAAAUUCCAAAUCUGUUUUUUGCUUGCAGAAAUGUAAAAAACUUAAUUGCCUAUGUGAAACAAUGAAUGGAGUGUCUCCACAAGGUGGAUAGAUUUUGCUUCAGAUGAUCCUUUUCACUCCCGCCCGUGGAGUAGUGCAAGAUGAAUAUAGCUGUAAAUCUGCCAAAAUUCAACACCGGUAAUAUGACUAGCCUGAAUGAAU